AGGCUAAUCAAAAAAGUUGGAUUGAAGAAAUUAAAAUUGGAAAUAAGUGGUUAAAAUUUAAGCUUKAUACGGGAAGUGAUAUAAACAUUUUACCAUAUGAUGAGUUUACUAAGAUAAAGCCACAACCAAAAUUAACUAUUUCUAAGUAUAACAUUGAGGCUUAUGGUGGUUUCAAAAUAGAYUCUAUAGAAUUUUUAGUUGUGAAAACUGAGAACAAUAAAACUUCAUGUCMAAUUUUAGGACUACCAACUUGUGACAAAAUAAAUUUGAUUAAAAGAGUUAAUGAGUUAGAAGUAGAUAACAAAAAUGUCUUUAUUAGUAAGAAUAUGGAUGUAUUCACAGGGUUGGGACAAUUUCCAGAUUUGUAUAAUUUAGAAUUGAUUGAUAACUAUCAGCCUAAAAUUGUUCCUUAUCGUWGAGUACCUAUAGCAGUCAGAGACAGAUAUGAAUUAAAAUUAAAGUCAUUGAUUGAUCWGGGAGUGGUGGACUAUGUUAAAAGGCCAACGGAUUGGACUAAUCAUGUGGUAGUAAUAGAAAAACCAAACAAAACAUUAAGAAUUUGUUUAGAUCCACAACACUUAAAUAAAAAUUUAAAGGAUGAACAGUUCCCUAUACCAACCUUAAACGAAAUUGUUCCUAAGUUAAAAAAUWAAAAAAUKUUCACAGUUCUUGAUUUAAAAGAUGGUUUUUGGCAAAUUGGGUUAACUGAGUCAAGCAGUAAUCUAUGUUCUUUUGCAAGUCCUUUGGGAACUUUAAAAUUUAAAAAACUGCCAUUUGGAUUAAAAAUAGCCCCAUCAGUUUUUCAAAGAUAUAAUACUAAAUACUUUGGUGAUAUUAAGGGUCUUAUAAUAUAUUUUGAUGAUUUUAUAAUUGCUGCAGAUACUAAACAAGAACAUGACAAAAUUUUAGAAGAGUUACUUAAUCGAGCUAGAAAAUAUAAUGUUAAAUUUAAUAAAGAAAAAAUUCAGUACUGCAAAGAUCAAGUGACAUUUUUAGGUCAUGUAUUUGACCAUAAAGGAAUGUCGUUAAAUCCAUCUC